UAGUUGCUGUUUAUCACCUGUUGAAUUUGUAAAUGUUUUUUCAGUGUAGAAGAAAACAUGAGCAGGCCAGGAGAUUGGAACUGCAGAUCAUGCCAACAUCUCAACUUCCAAAGGAGGGACUCCUGCCAACGUUGCGGGGAAUCUCGGUCUGGUGACUUUGGUAGCUACGGUGGGAGGGGUGGCUCCUCAUUUGGGUUCACCACCGGCUCUGAUGUUCGACCUGGUGACUGGUACUGCACUGCUGGAAACUGUGGCACACACAAUUUCGCCAGCCGUUCGAGCUGCUUCACAUGUGGUGCAUUCAAGGAUGACUCUGCUGGAGGCUUUGACUGUGACAUUCCACGUUCGAGAGGAUUUGGGGGUAAUCGAUCAAGUUGGAAAUCUGGCGACUGGAUAUGUACCAGGUCAGGUUGCAACGAGCACAAUUUUGCUAGCCGGAUGGAAUGUUUCAGAUGCAGCGCCCCAAGGGAUUUUAACAAUAGAACUUGAUACUAAAAACAUGCUAUCCAUUUUUGGGUACAAUUUUUUCACCUUAUUCUUCAAGAAUUCUUUCUUCUUCUUCUUCUUUUCU